UUUAAUGAAUGUUGGAGUAAUAUGGAGAGUAAAAAUAAUAAGGAGACGAUAAAUCUUCUUGAUCUGCUGUCCGAGAGCGAUAGUGAUAUCUCAGAUUUGGUACUGACAGUGCCAAAGAAACGAAGAAUUAAGAGGAGGCAAAGAGCAGGCGUUAGAGGUAAAACUAAAGAUUCAUGCAGCUGCAACAAAUCGAAAACGACACUAAUAACGACAUGGAUUGCUGCCGUAUUAAUUACUAUGUGGCUGAUUACAUUAUCUUGGCUUGCGGCUAUUCUCUACCGAGAAAUUGGGAGAAUGGACAUUUCUAUAAAAUCGGAAAUUCUCUCCUAACUCGACAGCAGUCCAUCUAUUCCUAAAGUGAACUGAUAAAGUUCAGGGAGAACCUUUUGUCGCCCACCUUCUAGUCGAUAUGAAGCGGUCGAGCCUAGUACAACAGUCAGCGCGCCACCCAGUAACGUUUGGUAACGUUUGUGAGUCGCGUGGAAGCGGCUGUGACGGUCACAAACUCCAGGAAAUAAACCCUCGUGAUUCGAAUGAUAUCCGAAUCUCUCUCGCCAUUUCAAAUAGUGAUAACGAUUGCAACAAUUUUAUCUCCACCGUUUUUUGUUGAUGAGCUUCGAGGAGCAGUGAGUAAAUAGUUCUUGAAAUUCGGUUUUCCUGAUAAAAUUCGUACGGAAUCGUUGAGAAGUAGGAGUCGAGGUAGAUGGAUCGAUAUGACAUGUAAUGGAACGUAAAAACUUAUGUGAGUGUCACAACAAACGGUGUAGCUGAUGUGGCCUUGAUAAUGUAUCUGGCGAGUGUCAACUGAUGAAUCGUGAUGAGUCAGGGUGCCAAUAGAUAUUUGUUAAUUAAUGGGAUGCUGUGGGAAGAGAUGAAUUGACUUGUCCUCAGGGCUCAAUAUCUCAAAAUCCAAGAGAAAUAUCGAAAUUUUUGGAUGUAAAUUGUUUUACAGAGGAAUUAAAUCUGCAAAAAAAUUGUUCUAUGCAAAUUGUUAUAUUUUAGUGGAUUUUCAAAUACAGAAGAUUCAUAAAUCAUAAUUACCAUUAAAUUUAAAGUCUCUAAUUUAUUGAAAUCACUCGUAAAUUUCUAAUUGUUGAAGUAAUCAUCAGAUCUAAUAUUUAAAUUUGGAACCUCAUGAAUUCUAUAAUUGUUAUCCUGCAAUUCUAUUCAUUAAAAAAUCUUUAUCACUAUAGUCUUAUGCUGAUGCUAUCAGCACGAUAUCUUAUCGAAUUCCCCAGGGCCGUUCAAAUUCCCUCUGGGCACCGCGUAGACGCUGAUUGUCAGUUGUACCAUUACGAAACACGUAAAUAAUUGUCACAAAAAUUAGAGGGAAGAUUCGGAGAUAAUUGAUGAGAAUCACGAGAGGUUUCCAUUCAUUCCAUUCCUGGUCAUUGAAGGCACUACUGAAUCUACGUGGUUCUCGAUGAGGUACAAACGGACACACUGAGAAUGUAAAAGAUGAGUUGAUGUGCGUGAAUUGGGAUUAGUCAGUGAGAAUCAAAUUGUUUGAGUGCAGACAUGUGUAAGAAGUGUCGCUGACGUGCG